GAAAAAAAAAAUUACAAACGCCUCCAACUAUAUCACCACAGUUGUAUGAACAAUUACUUCGCUUCCAUUUCCGUAGCUUCUUUUUCCACUACUCCGCUUACAGUUACAACGCUCGUAUCGAAGAACCGGUCGGUGAUAGGUUUUUUUAUCGAACCGGUUCGUUGCAAAGCAGAUAAUGGCGGCUCUAUUACCUUGCACACCGACUCUACUCUAUGCUCCGUUUGCGAGCCGGAGGAGGAGCCAUCUUCCGCUUAAACCUCACUCACAAGCCUUCUCUGGGUCUACGAAACGGUUUCUUCGCGGUUCUCUUUCCGUUGCCCGGUUCGGAUUACAGCCCGGUGUUUUACCCGAACCGGAUGACGCCGAAUUUGUUGUCAGGGAAUUGAUUAACCGAGCGGAGGGUUUGCUUUAUACAAUUGCCGAUGCUGCUGUUUCGUCUUCCGAUACGGUGGUAACCACCACCGCUGCGAAACAGAGUAACGAUUGGCUUUCGGGAAUUACCAAUUUUAUGGAGACGAUUCUCAAGGUAUUCAAGGAUGGACUUUCUACUUUGCAUGUGCCGUAUGCAUAUGGUUUUGCAAUUAUAAUGCUCACUGUUCUUGUAAAAGCGGCCACAUUUCCGUUGACAAGAAAGCAGGUAGAAUCUGCCAUGGCUAUGCGAUCUUUGCAACCUCAAGUAAAGGCUAUCCAGAAACAGUAUGCUGGGGAUCAGGAGAGAAUUCAACUUGAAACCGCUCGGUUAUAUAAAUUAGCCAACAUUAAUCCUCUAGCAGGAUGCCUGCCUCUUCUCUUAACAACACCAGUGUGGAUCGGGCUAUAUCGAGCCUUUUCUAAUGUGGCAGAUGAGGGACUCCUUAACGAAGGCUUCUUUUGGAUACCUUCUCUUUCUGGUCCUACUACAAUUGCAGCUCGGCAAAAUGGAAGUGGCAUCUCUUGGCUUUUUCCUUUUGUGGAUGGACACCCUCCCCUUGGAUGGCCAGAUACACUGGCUUACCUUGUCUUGCCUGUUUUACUGGUUGUCUCUCAAUACAUUUCUCUUCAAAUAAUUCAGUCAUCUCAGGCUACUGACCCCAACGUGAAGAGUUCUCAAAUCUUAAACAAGUUCCUUCCAUUAGUGAUUGGUUAUUUUUCUCUUUCGGUUCCUUCUGGUCUUAGCCUUUACUGGUUCACAAAUAAUAUAUUGAGCACUUUACAGCAAAUAUGGCUUCAAAAGUUAGGAGGUGCAAAAAAUCCUUUGAGACAAGUUCUAGAUGAUAAUCUGAAAAAUGACCUAAUACAGACUAUGAAGCCAGUAUCUAAAUUAAAUUCCACAAAAGUUGAAGAAACUAGAAAAGUUGAAAAGUUGACAUCAGAGGGGCCACAACCUGGUGACAGAUUUAAGCAAUUAAUGGAGCAAGAGGCAAGGAAGAAACAAAAGAGAGAAGAAGAAAAAAGGAAGGCUGAAGCAGCAGCAGCUAAAGCUAAUCAGGAGCAAACAAUUGAAGGGGAAAAUCAAGCUGUAAACGACUUAGUUGAAAAUUCCCAACCCGCGGCUGCUGAUACUUAUCCAUCUAUAUCGGGAGUAGUAAAUGGUAAUCCAUUAAGUAAGGACUUGGAGGGAAAUCAGAAUUCUACAUCCACAUCUGAUACUGAAAAUGAUGAAGGUUCUUCUCAUUUCAAUGCAGUAAACGAGAAAACUCUAGAAAAGGAACCAAGAGAAGUACUAACAACCACAGCUACUACAAACAAGCAACCUCAAGGAGAGGAUUCAGAUCACGUGGCAAAGGAUUGAUCGAUUAGAAGAGUUAGAAAUUCAGCUGCUGUAAGAUUGACUGGGCCAACUGGCAACUAUAGGCUAUGUUAGAGCUUAUAAAUGUGACCUUCCAUGCAAUUUGAGGUCUCUGGUUAAAAUGUUUUUUGCCAUAGAAAUGAUGCAAUGAACAAGAUUUGAGGUCUCUAGAAUUGCCAGAAUGGAAGGGCUUGGGUUUGUUUUAGAUUUUUGAUGGCUGAUUUUGCAGCUUCAUAGUUUGUGUUUGUAAUAUAUAUUUUUCAUCAAUUUUCUCUAACUAAUAAAUAAGUGCAAUACCCUUUAUAGAA